AUGCUGAAAUACUCGACCCUGCCGCCAAUAGUGAGUUGCCUUGCGUUCUGCCUCGAAAUCCCCCCCAACGGAUCCCUGUUUUCCCGAUCACCUUUCGUUGGUCUCGCACCCGCUCGCGAAGCUUCCCACUAUGGACGACAUUCCCCCAAGGGAUUGUCCCCUCUCUAUAUGCCCUCCUCUCCUGAUGCACCGGUCCCAUUUCCCUUUCUUUUCAUCGAGGACCAUGAUUUGUCCGAAGCCCCAGCGGCUUCUCUGUCGACUCGGGAAUCCUCCCCCGCGCGUUCAUUCACUGGCAUGGGAAUCGACGACUCUCCUGCCACUCGGGUCCUACCACUCGAGGCUCUUCCGGGAGAACAAGAUGUCUCGACCGACCAGGUUGCUCCUGGUCGGAAGCGUUUCAGAUCUGUUUUCUCCCGGAUGGCUCGACGAGUGACGGGAACCCAGAUGGUUCGGAGUGUCGCUAAGAUCCUAUCACCUCCCCGUGCCAUAAGCCCGGAUCCCGACAAAGGCUACGAAAUCAGAUACUCCAAUCUGGACCAACUGCUGAUGAAAGCCCCAUUCUCUACAGGUAUCCGAUGGGUCCCAAGACAGAAGAUCAAAGUUCCCAAGAACAAGAUCCACGACAUCAUGAGCCCUUCGAACAGUCCCUCGAACCAUAACCGGGUGGAAAAGUCCUCCAGGACUACCCCAAUCCGACGAACUCGAUCAUCCUACGCCGACAUCUCUCGUCGCCGUCGCACCGAGGCCAGCGGCCGUAUCGAGCGGACUCUGUACCGUCUACCCGAGCUUUUGUCCCAGAACGAAGCUGAUAGAGAAGUGCCUCUUACUGCUGACCAAACAAACCCCCAGACUGCACAGUCUGGCCCCCCCUAUGACCGCCCAUGCAGCUGGCACUGUUCAUUUGAACCAGGAUACUUUUACGACAGGGAACAUUCCGACAACCGGCAAUGA